CCUAAUGAAAAAUAUCUGCACUUCACUUUUCCUCUUUAUUUUAUCUCCGAUUAUAAACGGUUCAUUUGUUUAUGGGUUUUUUUUUUUCCUUUUUUUCUCUCUUUUGUUGGAGAAGAAACCCCUUUUCAUGAGAUUAGUGUAUCUGUUUAGGGAUUUCGAUUUUUCAUCUGUGUUUGAAAGGCUUUAUGUUUCUGUUUAUAGAUUCUGUGUUUCAUUUUUCUACAAUGUUGAGAUUUCUGCUGUUUACUUUCCAGUUAAAGUUAUAUUUUGUUUGUUCAUUAUGAUUGUUUAAGGAAUUGAAUUGUUGAAAGAAGAUUCUGGGUUCUCUUUUGCUCUGUUCUUGAAGAUUUGAUUUCCAAUGUUCUUGGCUAGUUUCAAUGUCUCUUGUCCCUGCUUCCAUGACUUCAUUGAUCAUCCUUUUAUCUCUCAUUCUGUUGAAUAAAAGCUCUUUCUUACAAUUUCAUAGUUGGUUUUGUCAUUUACUCAAAACCUAAGUCAAGUUUGAAGAACCAAGAGAAGUAAUCUUUAAAUGAUUAGAAAAGAAACAUAAAUUUCUAUAUGACUGACAUAAGAUUCGACUUGUUAGAUAUUAGGGAGGUUUAGUGAGCACCAUGCAGAAUCUCUCUACCAUUUCCUUCUCUUCACUUUGGCCAAUAUGAGUUUACCUGGUACUAGCUAGCUUUAUCGGGAAUUUUCUAUCUUAGUAGGAGCUUUCCAAAGAUAUGGCUUAAUAGCCACAUUACCCACGCUUGGGAUGACUUUAGGGGUGGCGUAUUCCCUUUGGCUAAUCAUUUUGGGUUUUUUUUGGCUCCUUUUGUCUUUGGCUUUCCUUUUUGUAUUUCCUUUGCCUACUUGUUCAGGCUUCUCAAUGAACGCUUCGUACUUUCUUUCUUACUAUAUCAUAUCAUAGGCCUUUUGUCGGGCUUUCGUCCCUUCGCCUCCUUCCUGACUUUUCAGAGAGGCCCUUUACGACUAUAAGGAAGAGGGGGCUGUUCCUCUUUGUCAACUUAGCUACUUAAUACUCAAUACUUAAGUCAAGGUGAACGUCAUUUUGAGCUGUGAGGAGGCAAGCAAAUGAAGGGAGGCAUUACGGGCCGGGUUUUCUCCUCCAAAAAGAAAUGGGGAAUUCUAUGAUAUGGCUAAUGGUUUUGAUACGCUUGGAUAGGGGAAGUUGAGAGAGUACAUUUUAAGUGUUUCCCAAAUAUAGGAGAGAUCAAGGUGGAUGGAUUCAUGGUGAAGCAAAACUCGAACUUCUACCAUUUGCCCGACACGUUGCUUACCAAACUCACUUCCCAGGUGGAAUCAGUGCAGUUUCUUCAUGUCAAAGCACAGCCUUUGAAUGAGUUUAUCGAGCCUCGUUUACCCGAAAAUGCCGAUUGUUUCCCCAACCUAAACAAUGCCACUUACCCUUCGGAAAGACAAGGCUACUGUAGACACUCCUGCACGAGUAAAAUCAGAAUCGACAACAAGAAACGGACAAGAAAGAUACUAAGAUCAGUCAGCACCAAAAGCAUCAUCUUAGCUUGUAAUACAAGGAGAAAAAGGAAGAGAACCCAGGUUUUAGAGCAUGUGGAAAAGAACUCCGAUCUAGAGGAACCAAUCAAAGAUGCAGAAAAGUUCGAUGGCUCGAUCGAUACAUCGUCGUACCAUAAUAUGCCAAAUGAUGAGGUUAGAACCACAAAACAAAGGUAUGCAAGCUCCUCCACAACCAGUGAGUUAUCAUCUGAAGUCAUGUCUGUUUCAAGUAUCAUAAAGAGAUAUUUUCCAAGCCACGAUGAAGUAAGCAGCGUUCCAAAUCGACCGAGCGGUGGCAUUACUCGUAGUGAGCCAGAGGAAAGAAGCCCAAGCUUGUUGCCUUUGAAAUCGCCAUUUAUAGCAGGUACACAAAAGCGUGAGAGAUCAUCUAAGCUUGGGAAAAUGCUGGUAAUGGCUUCAUAUAACCUUGGGAUUUCUCCCAACGGAGGAAGGCCAGAAAUUUCACUCUGCAAUUCCAGAGGUAAAAAGUUUAAAGAACUCAUGUCUCUGGCUAAAAGUUCUUGUUUUGAGAUAAGUGAUAGAGAAGAUUGAAAUUUUAGCAUUAGAUUUCUCUGUAUUGGAUGAAAAGUGUAUACAUAUAUAUCCAUCCAUUCCAUUGGUCUAACUAGGUCGGGUUGUAUCGGGUUAGGUUUAAUUCAAAUUUAGAGCAUUUUUUUCAGUACAAAAGAGGUAGGUUACAGAGAUUUGGACUUUCGAUCUCGGAGGGAGUACGUGUUAAUUGAAUUAUGUCAAAUUUGGUGUUAAAACCGUCAUAUUAGUUUAAGAGAAAACAAAA